UAUUAAAAGCUGUUCUUGUAAAAUUGAACUGUUAAAGAAACAAUGGCGAUUUGGGCGUGAAAGAGUUUGCAAGCUGCGGUGAUAAGUAGAGACAGUGAAAUGCUAUAGAGAUCAUCAUCAUCAUCAGGAGGAAAGAGCUAUUGUAAAAGGUGGAAAAUUUCAUUUAGCGGAGGUAAAUUGCAGUCCAAAAUAGGGAAAGGCCUACCACUGGUGUGAAGGCCUUAAGAGGAAAACAAUCUAAAGGAAUUCCUGGCACACCUUGCAAGGCUAAAUACUCCUGGAUCCAAGCACGUUGAAAAUUUAUCCGAGAGUCGCCCCAAUGGAACAAAAUGAUUUAACAGUUGAUUUUCAACAUGGACUAGCUAAAAGGCCCAAGCAUGAUACUUCAAAUAUGCAAAUUGUCCCCAGGACAGGCACUCUGGAGGGUGUCUCUCUCAUGAUGCCUCUUUUACCAGUUCCUUGUCUGGGAAAUGUUGAUUCAAUGUUAUCCAUUACCUAUUCUGGAACAGUUACAAGAGGGAAGGUUGGGGCAGCAAUUGGGACAGUGGACAUUGGCGUCAAUGACUAUGCAUACUUUUUCCGUAUUGCUCUACCUGGUGUCAGUAAGGAUCCUGCAGGCCGGUUCAGCUGUGAGAUAGAAAGUGAUGGAAAAGUUAAUGUUCGAGGUAUGACAACAACUGGUGGGCAAACAGUGGAGAGGCAUUCUCGUGUGUACCAAAUGAAACUUCAGCAGCAAUGCCCACCUGGGCAGUUCACUCUUUCUUUCUGUUUGCCUGGACCUGUUGAUCCGAGGCUGUUUUCACCAAAUUUCCGGUCUGAUGGAGUUUUUGAAGCUAUUGUUGUGAAGCAUGUGAACAGUUGAUUGUUUAGCAUUAUAUUACUCAGAACAUGGUCUCAAUUGCCUUUGGUCCUAGUUUUUAUCUCUUUGGGUGCAAUUCAGAGGAACUUUAAAAAAAUCUUGAUUGGUAUAUUUAGAGUAGAAAACUUUUGGAUGUUUAAAGUAGCAUAUAAUAUUUUUAGUUUUUGAAGGUGCAAAUAUUAUAGACUGAAUGACCUCCUUAUUUGGUUCCUUUAUUUUUUUGCA